CACACACAACGGAAUCAGUAGAUCUACCUCAGGUCCGACCGCGUGCCGGGCACCGACUCAUGCUGUGCUGGCCUAACAGUAACAAGUCAUACAGCUGGCCUUCCUGCUGAGGUGCGGACACGACCGCUCGUUUGUAAAGAAAGGAAAUAUCAUAGCACACAACAGGGAUUUGUGGAAAAAGAAAGCCCAGCAGGCAGCAACAGCCACGGCGGCUUGUGAUUGCAGCAGCAAGACAGACGUAGCGUCGUCGUUCCUCUCGACCUCUGGAUCACUCUGACCAGUGACCCUGCGCAAUCUAUGUCCGUACUCCACAUGUGGUGGUGUGGUGCCUCACUCCCCGUGGCGGGUCCCAUGCAGUGUGGUGUUCUUACCGAGUGACAACCAAGCGUGUUUCUGACGCUGUGGCGGCGGUGAUAGUCACGGAGAUCGGAUAGUCGGCGUGUCAGUCGAGUGAACCUGGUGAACUGCGUGUGGAUGUUUGGCUUUGUGGCCAGCAGUUCCGGAGUUCGCUGACGGAUAAGGCCGCCGUGGACACGGUUUACGACGCCCCGCUCAUCUGCGGACAGGUUGCUAUAACAUUGGCGACGGGCAACCCUUGCUCGAGAAGUUGCUAUGCCAAACCUGUUCAAAAAGCUGAAAGGCGGCAAGGCAAACUCGCCUGCAGGUGCCACUGCUGUGCAUGUGUCGCCGAAGGAUGGCACCGGCCCCAGGAAGAGGUCGGCCGUGCUAACAAAUACAUUUUCAGAGGCCAUCCUGGAUUUGGACAUGGGCACAAGGGAGGCAUGCUCUCGCCUACGCUGCACACCGGUGGAGAUCUGCCUUGAGUCGCCCAUGCGCGUGGAGAUACUCAGCCUGGAUGCAAAGUGUACACUGAAGAAGGCCAAAGAUCACUAUGUGCAGUUGCUGAGAGUUGUAGAGGAGCUAAACAAGGAUGUUGCCGAUGACGACCACACCCCAGAAGAGCGGUUCGUUCUCGUGUACGCACGGCAAAAGUCAACAUUCAAGUCGCGCGGUGGUUCAGUGUUCGUACUCGACCAUCAUGAAAUGUGCGAAGUGCACGCCGGGCACAUCAAAGGGCGAACGUUCUCGAUCAAGGCCAGCCGCGAAGUCGUCACCUUUCACGCCGCCACCAGUGAGGACAUGUUUCGGUGGGUGGCGGAGCUGAAGGCGGUACGCGACUGGCCACCCAUGGAAGGUCACGGGUCCUCCAGAUAUCAUGUUCGCAAAGUACACUCCGAGGGUGAUGACUACUUCGAUAUGCACCUGGCAUUCGACCGGAGCACAGUUGGGCAGGAGGAGAUCUGUUUCGUGAAUCCGAUAACCUGUGAUAUAGUGCUCUCCGAGAAGGUGGUUAACAUCGCACAGGUCCUCUACGAGCCCAUCAAGGAGAGCCUGCGCUUGGAUGUAGAUGACGAACGAUCGCUGAGCAGCACGAUCAUCCUGGAAUGCCCUGGUCAUUGGUGUAGGAACAUCUGCACUGCCAUCUGUCAUGAAAUGAAGGAGGUUCUCGGUGCAGAACUUGGUUCAUCUCCUUGUCCUGAGCUGGGACCGUGUGGGAUGAAGUACUACCCGAACAUUGUCCCCGACUACAGUCAGGCGAAACCAUUUCCUCAGGUGGCAGAGGAAACUACUGAUGGCUGUGGGCAAGGAGAGGCCGAUGAGGAAGUGCCAAUGGCAUUGCCCGACGUAAUCCCACCCACCUCCAGCUUGGGAGCAGUGGUGUCAAUCUCCGUAACGGACACUGUGUCGCAACAGCAACAGCCGCAGUCGUUUGGUGUGCUUGGCAACUUCAUGAGCUUAGUGCAUGACCUGAAAUCGCCCAACUCUCCUCCCUCAUCCUCCACCGAUCUCUCACAGUCGGAGGUCAUCACAUAUAGUGUUCAACCUAACCGAAAAUCAUCAUCUGCUGCAGCUGCUAACUCGCCUACAACUACUGGUGGUCUCCAGGCAGGAGCAAGUCUCAAUGAUUCUAAGAACGUGCCUGAAAGGGAGCAAUGCUAUGAAAGUGUAUUAGCUGCCAGUCUGCAGAAUCCCCCACCUGUAAUGGGCUCAGGUGAUCCGGACUCAGCAGAGGUUGAAACCAACCAGUCGCCUGCAGUGGAGGGCUGCCCAACUGAUCCAGAUUCAGCCAUGCCGGGUGAUUCUAGUCCAGCGAUGGCCAUAGUGGAUGGAGGCGAUGGCUCAUCAAGUCAAGUAGACACGGAUGACACAACGACGAGCAAUGUAGAAGUAAGCAAUAAUGUCACUGCGCUGCGCAAGCCCUGCAGACACCGAGAGAGCAUGGCCAGACUGGAGGAGUAUACAUUCGGCUAUCCUGCUACUCCAGACCAGCAGCCAACUUUAUCUGAUGCCACCACGAAUCAAGACGCUAAGCGGAGUGGUGAGGAUGAUGCUGGUGCUACUGAUGCUGGGGGUCCUGCAGCUCCUGAUGAUAAUGAUGAUGUUGAUGGCAAUGACAAUGAUAACUUGACAUACGAUCGAGGAUCGGAGCUCCCGAACUGGCUUCACGGACCAUCUCUCUACCAACGUGGCAAGGAUCUUGGUGCCGACACAUCCCGCAUACUGGACAAUGUGCCAGUGUUGACUAGUGACAGGGAAGUGGCUUCUGACUUACCCCAGACGAAUGGAGCAUAUCAGAAGCCGCCCAAACCAGUUCCGAAAGACGCUGUUCAGCCAUCGCCAAGUCCAUUCAUGAGUCGAAAUAGACUGAUUAGUUGCCCGCAGGAGGCGCACGGGGCGGCAGCCAAUGACCUGAGCCCAGACCUCAGGAUGCGAAGUAACUCUAACGCUGCAACACGACCUAAGAGCAACCGAAAUUACCGCGUUAUAAUGCAAGACAACUCCUCCCUGGAUGAUGCACUGCGGUCGAUCUUGCAAAGCAAUUCGACACAUCAUCAGUUUGGUCAGAACGGAGAUGGAUUGACUGUACACAGUGGCCAUGGAAGUCCUGAAAGCAAUGAUGUUGAUGAUGAUGAUUACGAGAGGGACUCCUUAUUCAUAAACACAGGUUCUGCCACUUCUCCACCAAUUAUACUGGUGCGGGAUCUUGAGAGCUUGCACAACGACACAUUCACCGACUGCGAUGGACAGGUGGAGAACCGCACAUCGCGCUUCACUAUACGGUCGCAGUCGACGUCCGACCUGAGUACCAUGGAGGAUUGUUAUGAUGUACCACGGCCAUCCUACUCUCACUUGAUGCGAUGCCCAUCACCUGAUUCUGCCCAGCGUCAGCGUGCCUGGUCCAGAGAGAACGAGUCAACACUGCAGCGAUCCUACUCAUUCAGUGGACGCCAGCACCUGAGAGCAGAUGGGUACUGCAAGGUGGGACCUGGAGGUUUACAAUCCGCCAACGAUGGGACACCAGCCACGCAAUCAAGCACUGACCGGAAGAACAACAGCAAGAGCAGUGUAGAGCCAGUUCUGCAGCUGCGACCAAGCACAGCCGCUGGCGGCGCUGUUUUGAAACCCAAGGCAGUUACAGUGACCAAGUCACCCACCUUCCUAGAGAGGUUGAGAAUCGGCAAGAGAUUACGUUCAGCGCAAUCUGAGGAGAGAACUGUGACCACACCUGCCAAUGACAGCAACAAAGUGACGGCAGGUUUGCAAAUCGCAGCACCUGCGGCUCCAGAUAUGUCCCCUGAACCGAUACUGAGUGCAUUUCCCAGUGGGACAGGCAAGAGCAAUGUUAUAGUAAGGCCGGCCGUGAAGAACCGCCCGCUGCCUCGAACACCGUCUGAGCUGAGGAUGCUGGAGUUGCCACACCCUGGUUGCCAUUCGGGGAGUGUACCAGCAUCCCCGGCUGUUCCGUUUGACAAUCGUCUCCCUGUCCUGCCCAAGAAAGGGUCGGAAAGCGAUACCAGUGCUGAUAGACCAGAUCUAGCUCGCCAUCCAAGGUACAAACCUGGUGCUGACGAACCAGCCAAAGACACCAGGUAUGAAGACAUUCCAGACGGGUUUCUGAAGGGAUUCCCAAACGACCAUGCAGCGGCGUCUGGCACACAGCCAGCAAAGGCGGACAAGAUGAGCUCUUAUGAGGACAUAGCUCUGCGUGUAGAUAUUCUCGAGCAGGAGAUCAACCACAGAUAUCGGGCCGCUGUGCCGACAGUGGACGUGUCCGUCUCACCACCCACCGUGAUCUCGACGUACGCCAGAUCAACCAGUCGCCCAAGCUCCGCACUGCAGAUACGCAAACGGGUGGUCACCCCGGACAUAGCCAAUGGAACAGGGUUGGCAGUACGCAAGCGAGUACACACACCGGAUGUUGCCAGGAGAAGCUGGAACCGAGGACAGUAUGCCGCGGGCUCACAAAGCUCUCCCGUCGACAUUGAGAGUGCAAACAAUGGCGCAGUUGCUAGAUACCCGGAUGCCAUCGGCGAUAGUUCACCGCAAGGUGAUUCCAAAGCCGUCGAGCAUGGUGGGAUGUACUCGCUGCCUCUCUCGAACCGCUGCAUGCACAAUGCUUGUACGUGUUCCAGCUCUCAGAUUUGCCUUUCUACAUCUCACCAAACAGGGCUUUCUCCUCAGUCACGAUAUUCUCCUCAGCCUCGCUCAUCACCUCAUCUACAACUGUCUCCGCAAGAUCAAUCGCCUCGCCAGCUGCGUCCUUCUCCUCAGCCACAGCCGUCUCCUCAGUUGAAAGACUCAUAUGGACAGCAGUGGGGGAGGCACUCUCCUCAGACGCGGGCAAUGCUUUCCACUCCGUCCAAUCCCGCCCCUUCGCUGGUCAGUGUAUCUCCUGUGGAUGGCCGGCCGUAUGAGUACAACGUUCCAGGCAGACCGAUGCGUGUGCACAGCAUGCCCGGCGGAGAUACUUCCGCUGAGCAGGGCGCGCACCAGGCACGCAAAGUGUUCCACUCCAUCGAUGUGCCGGAAUCACCCGAACCGGAUCCAUGCUACCAGGAGUUUCGCUUUGCCAGCGACUGGAUGAUCCAUAACAUAUCUCGCACUUCGUCCAGUUUGGACCUUGCCGGCGUGGCAGGUGGUUCUCAGCGUAGCUCAGCAAAUCGCAGUGCAUCUGAGCUGUUCCUGGCACCCGGACCAGAGGGUGUUGUACACUGAAGAAUUAUAUUCUCCCUUAAAACAAGGCAUAAUGAUCGGUGCUUUGCAAGACUAUCUUGAUAUUGUAACGCAAGCGUUUUAGAGCACUCUGUUUAUCAUGCCAGCCCCCAAACUCAACAAUACCAGUGCAUGGUUCUCCAGCCCUGUACAAUGUGUACUGGGUUUGCCCUCUUUGACGAUGUUCACUUCCCUCUCAGAUCAUCCAGGAACGCAUUCAAGGAUAUAAUUAUUAUAAACCAGCCUGGGCUGCCUUGACAGUAUGCAUGUUUUUAGCUGAUUGAGCACACUUUGAGCACACUUCCUGAUACGAAAUUCCCAAUUUGAUGACGUACUUCAAGACACCACAAACACACUCUAUGCGGAGCCGUUCACAUUAUGUUGACACUUACUUCAGCCUGUUUCUCCCUAUUUUCACUUGCUGUAUAUUUAUUUGUUCCGUAAUGCAUUUUUUGUUGGUGAGGCGCGCGAUGCAAGCUGCUGUAAUUUCUUUCUUGACUGACUCCCUCUAGAGAGCAAUGCAUCCCGAAAUUCA